CGUGUUGUGUUUUGGUGUGAGAGCCGGGUGUCAGUCUUAGCAGCUUCUUCUCCGCGUUUUUCAGCGUUUCUUCACUAUAAUAAUAAAUUAAACCUCAGGGCCGGCAUGUCCGCGGAGAGCUUGGCGGCGUUCCCGGGCCGGGUGUGGGAGAGGGUGCUGGGUAAGGUGAAGAGGGCGGUGGUGUUUAUGGACGACCCGUGCUCAGAGAGUCUGCACUGGAGCGCGGGCGGCGCCGCGGCGCUGCUGGAGGCGGGAGCCCGCAACGUCAAGCGCUUCUCCAGCUUCGAGUCCGGCGCGGAGGACGAGCCCAAGGCGGUGUUCGUGGUGAGCACGCUGCUGAAGGGCAGGACGGCGGACGUUAUUAAAGACAUUGUGUCGCUCAGCCGCUUCCAGUACUGCGUGGUGUUCACCGCCGUGCCGCACUACCUUCACCUGAGCUCGGGAUCCGGGAGCACCGGGGGCUCGGGCUCUGGCGGGGGCGCUGAGUCCGAGGGCUGCCCGCUGUUCGAGCGUUUCGAGGAAAAGCUCUGCGAGUGGAUGGGUGAUAUGAACUACACGGCUGAAGUGACCCACGCCCCGCUCGUGUUCGCCCGCCUCUCCCCUCAGCUCGUGCUGGCCCCGGCUUUCGCGGACCUCUUCCCGCUGCUGGAGCGCGACCUCGAGGCGGUGAACGAGAAGAGGCCGGAGAAGAGGCGCUUCCUCAGCGUGGCGGACGUGGACGCGGCCGCGCUUCCCGCUCCGCUGCAGGUCCAGAUGAAGGCGUUCGCCUCGGCGCUCGACGCGCUGCUGGAGUUCAGCAACACGCGCGAGGAGAGCUUCGCCGUGGGGCCAAUGAGCCGCCUGCUCGCCGCCGAGCUGGCCGGACACCCGCAGGCCAAGAACAGGAGAAAGACCGCUCAAAAUAAAGCCUCUGUGGUCUUCAUCGACAGAACUCUGGAUCUGACAGGGGCUGUGGGUCACCAUGGGGACAACCUUGUGGAGAAGAUCCUGUCCGUUUUACCUCCCUUGCCAGGUCAUGUGACUGACGUUCAGGUGGACAUGUGGGAGCUCACACACCUGCGACACAAGUCAGACGUGCAGGGUGUCGUAGCACCUGGCUGCCUGGCACAGAAUCAGUCGGCGACAGCCCGGUUGCUAUGGGAGAUGAUGCUAGUUGCUAAGCAGAAGGAGGCGGUGAUGGAGGUGAGGAGGCAGCUGGUGGAGGCGGCCAGUAAAGAGAACCUGCCAAUCAAAAUGAGCAUGGGGCGUGUAACAGCGGAGCAGCUCUCCUCAUAUGUGCAGCUGUUUAGGGGCAGUUGGGAAGCGGUGGAGAAUCACUGUGGGGUGCUGCAGCUGGGACUGGCGACCGCUCACACACUCCGCCACCCGGCCCUCGCUCGCUGGGACGCCUGCCUGGGCUUCGAGAGACUCCUGCUGCAGGCACUGGGAAACUCUGGACUGCCAGAUGUUCUGAGGCAACUCCUUCCUCUCAUUAAGUCCAGCAGUUCUGGCACUGUUGUGGAUUCUGGUUCUGGUGAUUUAAGUGUGGACGAGCUGCUGGUGCUGCUGGUGUACGUGUACUCUCUGGCCCAGGAGACCAAGAGUGGCUUCCAGGAUGAGGAGCAGGUGGAGAAGGUGGAGGGAGAGCUUAUUGGAGCUCUGACUCUCUUACUGAACCGGCAGACCACACUGAGCCCUCUGCUGCAGGAUAUUACAGGAGUGUCGAGCCCGGAGGAGCUGACUACAGAGCGUGCACACACAGCACUGGAGCGUGUGUUUGAGACGCUGAGGGGUUUAGGUCGCGCUCGAGAUCAUUUGAAACAGCUCCGCUCAGUUUACAGCUCAGGAGAUGGUGUGCACCAGGCCACGUAUCGUCCGUUCCUGAAGCAGGUUCUGGAAGAGAUUUUCAACCCCAACCGACCUGAGUGUCCCGACAUAGAACACACUUCAGGAGGACUGACUGAUCUGCUGAAGACUGGCUUCAGCAUGUUCAUGAAGGUCAACCGGCCCCACCCGAGUGACCACCCUCUGUUAAUUCUCGUCCUGGUGGGCGGAGUCACCCCUUCAGAGCUCCGCCUAAUUCGUGAUGUUGUCUCCUCCCAUAAAGUUGGGACACAGGUUUUGGUGGUGUCUACCAGGCUGCUGAGGCCGAAUGAUGUUCCACACCUUCUGUUCAACACCAACAGACUCUCACCUGACGUAGGCGUGUGAGACAAGAAUGAGGACCACAUACACACACUCUGAUAUACAAACAUCAGUAAUCUGCACACAUUCCUCAAGAAAUAUACACACAAAACAUACUUUCUGUUAGAGAUAUUUUGUCUAUAAGGAAAACUCUGAUAAAAAAUGUAAUUUACAAGAUUUGACAUGGAUGAUAUCUGAAGUUUGAUUUAGAUUUUUAGUUUUGCACACUAGAUGCUAAGCUAAAUUUGCUAACAAACUGCACUUAGCCUUUUGCCAAUCUGAUAUGCAUGCCUUGAAACCUCUCUCAAAAUAAAUACUAUCUAAUUGAUGUGGUUUAAAACAUGGUAUGGCUUACUUGAGUCUAUAAACACAAGCAUGUACCUCUCUGCAGAGCUGUAUGGUUGAGUGGCCAUUUUCAAUAACUGCUUAGUUACAUGCCAUUUUACAACUCUGUUUAUUUCAUCUGUUUACAUAGCUUUUUAAUUGGAUGCUUAAAAUAAAAAAGUAUGAAGGGUCAUGUAUUUACAUUGAUAAGUUUGGUAAAAGUCUAACUGUAACGUGUAUUAGCAACAACUUUUGUAAACUAAAGACUUAAACUUCAGAUACCAAAAAUGUUUUGGCUGAUUGACUCCAUCUAAAGUCAGUGAUACAUCCUGAUAUUACAUUUUUGAUGAACUAUUUCUUUAACAGGAACAAGGAUAAUAAAUAAUAGAUAAUAAAUCCCACCUUUUACAUUAUACUGUUCAUUAACACAGCUUUAUAUCGAACUAAAUAAAUUGUAAUCCAAAGACAAAACAACACACUUGACAGCUCUGAAAAUCAUUAAGAGACCCCUCCAGUUUCUGAAUCAGUUUCUCUGAUUUUGCUAUUUAUGGGUUUAUGUUUAAGUAAAUAAAAACAUUGUUGUUUUAUUUUAUAAACUACAGACAACAUUUCUCCCAAAUUCCAAAUAAAAAUAUUCUCAUUUAGAGCAUUUAUUUGCAGAAAAUGAGAAAUAACUGAAAUAACAAAAAAUGCAGAGCUCAAACAAUGCUAAGAAAACAAGUUCAUAUUUAUAAAGUCUGAAGAGUUCAGAAAUCAAUAUUUGGUGGAAUAACCCUGGUUUUUAAUCACAGUUUUUUAUGCAUCUUGGUAUGUUCUCCUCCACCAGUCUUACACACUGCUUUUGGAUAACUUUUUUCCACUCCUGGUGUAAAAGCUCAAGCAGUUCUUCCAUUUUCCUCUUGAUUAUAUUCCAGAGGAUUUCAAUUUGGUAAAAUCAAGGAAACUCAUCAUUUUUAAGUGAUCUGUUAUUUUUUUUCCUGAUCUGUGUAUUAAACUUUAAUGUCUCAUUGAAAUAUGACCGAGUAACAGCAGAAUCUCUGUGCAUUAUUGUUGAUUUAUUCUCUUUGGUAGUAGACUAUGUUUGUGACCAGGGAAGUGUGAGAUAAAAUCUGUGUUACUACUACAUUGUUUGUUUAAAUCCUUGCUAAGCAUUUAAGGGUGUCUUAUGCAAACAACUGAACACAGUCUCAAGCCCCAAGUGCCAACAGUAGUGUGAAAUGUUAAAAAAAGUGUUAGAAAAAUGUUAAAAUGCUGUAGAUAAAAAACCUCAGUCUCAGUUUCACAGCUUUGCAUCAAAAACAUGUGACUUAACAGGUUAAAAUAAAUUGGGAGAUGAAUGAGCUGA